ACAACCAGAGAUGUGUAUUUCAAUAUUUCUAUUUAUUUACUAUCUCUUGUUGUGCCUGUCCUAUUUCGAAACAUGGAAUUCAUGUACGAAGAGAAAUAUGUUCCACAUAAAUUAAAGGCUGAGGAUAAAGGCUCAGUGUGGUAUUAUUUUCUGCCUUCUGCUAGUGGGGGACCAACAGCGCAAUGCAAAACCUGCAACAAAGUAUUAAAAACAUGCCUGGGCUCCACUAAGGGACUUUUAACGCAUCUAAAGUUCCACAAAAUAGAGUUGGAGAGAAAGCCUGGCCAGCAGCCAGUGAAAGUAAGUGGUACGCUUUUUAACAAAUGCAAACCUUCGAUUUGGAAAUGUAUGUACAUAUACCACACUUCAAUAAGCCUGUUCCAAAUGCUUCAGGAUUUGCAGGAUUUUACAGUAAUCUGUUCGCCGACAACUUCAAUAAGGUUUAUUAACGAAUACAGCUUUUCCUGUAAAUUCUGCAAAUGCUGAAGUACCUGGAACAUAUGACAUUAGUCCAUCCCUUAAUGUAUGUAGGGAAAGUUAUACAACCCAGUAUAACUUGUGAGCAUCGUACGAUUGUUCGGUGAGUAUUCUGGUGAGUACUCCCUGGGGAGUAUACGAAUACUCCCCAUUGCUCCUUAUGCUCCUGUGUAUAAGCAUGUAAUUUGUAUACUCCCUUUAACAUUAAAUAUUCUAGAGGGGGAGCAAUACCUUUUACCUCCUAAUAGAGCAAUCGUGGAGCACACACAAAAAUAUCACACCACAAACCUCCAAAGGGAGCAAUACGGGAAUAUUCCCAUAAAAACCUCCCCUAUACCUUCCAAAAGGACAACAAGGGAGUACACAUAGAAAACAUUCUAUAUUCCUCCCGAACGAGCAAUAAGGGAGUGUUCCCAUGAGAGGCAUCCCGCAAGCCUCCUGUACGAGUAAUAAGAUGGCUUUUCAUUCCAUCCAUUUACAUUUUUAAUUUUUUAAUCACAUGCAUGUAUACAAUAUUAACAUAUUAACAGAUGUCUUUAUGUAAGCACGAGAUCAGAGAAAACAUAGGUAAUACUUAUUACAUUAUUGAUUAAUAUUGAAAUUCUAGUGCGGACAAAUGCAAUAAAAGUAAAACAGAAUAAUAAAACGCUAAGAUAACUACAUGAUGGGUGUCAGGGAUGUUGGCGGUUCCGGAAUUCACGCAAAUAGGGAGAGUGUAUAAUAAAACUCUUGUUUUAACCACGAUCAAUGUGAAGGUUAUUUGCCCAGCUGAUAUCUACGUCACCCAGUAAAAGCUCUGGACCGGCGUACAUAAACGUUGGACCUAGGGUAUCAUGCGUGAGUGCUGAUACUAAUAUGCCCAAUCUGAAAAGUAUUUAGCGGUAUACAUAUAGUACAAUAUCUAAUAAAUUUAAACAAAAGUUGCAAUACAUACCGAAGGAGAUUCAUUUAAAUGAGUUCUAUCGACAUUAUUUUAGUGCAUCCUCCUUAUAUUGUUUCUAUAUCAAAUAUUUUCAGUAGUUUUGCUUGUGAUAAAUUUUUCCAAUAACACAAAGUUUCUCUUGAACCAGGUGCCUGUAGCUCCCCUAUCAAUCAAAAUGAAUACUCCUUUACCACUUGGACGAAGGGGGUCAGACUACACGGAAUUCACGGGAAUUCACGUCGAUAACGAACCAAUCCCUACGGUCAACAAUUCGAAGAUCUUCGGAGUAAACUUCGACAGCAGCAUUUAACGCCAUAAAUAGCCAGAUAACUCGUGGCUUUAACCGAAACCACCCUUGUGAGAGAACCAUUCUAGUAGCGCUGGACCUGUCUAAGGCGUUCGACACUGCCAGUCAUUCAACGUUACUAGAAGACAUAGAGGCCUGCUCUCUCUCACAAGG